AUGGCACCGUGCGCGUUCAGAGAUAUUUUCCUCUCUGCGUUUGAUUACAAGACAGAAAAAUACGUCAUCGCCAAAAACAAGAAAGUCGGCGUCCUCUAUCGACUCAUACAGCUCUCAAUAAUCGGUUAUAUCAUCGGCCUGUCCAGGUGGGUGUUUGUUAUUAAGAAAGGCUAUCAGGAGACUGAAGAAGCUUUGGAGAGUUCAGUCAUUACUAAAGUCAAAGGGGUUGUGCUCACCAACACAACUGGCUUUGGACCCUGGCUUUGGGGGCCUGAAGAUUAUGUCAUACCACAACAGGGUGAAGCUGUGCUCUUCAUCACUACAAAUUUUAUCACAACCCCAAACCAGAAAUUAGGAUACUGUGCUGAGAGCAAUAAGGUGCCCGACGGUCAAUGCCAAAGGAAUGAAGACUGCCCAGAAGGAGAGACUGUCAUAGCUGGCCAUGGAAUUAAGACGGGACGCUGCUUAAAGAAAGACAGGAACUCUACAGGAACCUGUGAAAUAUACGCCUGGUGCCCCAUUGAACGGCACAGACAACCAGAUGUGCCCUUGUUAGGAAAAGCUGGAAACUUCACCAUAUACAUAAAGAAUUUCAUCAGAUUCCCUCUGUUUGACUUCUCAAAGUCAAAUGUUUUGGAGACAACAGAUAACAUGUAUCUGAAAAAGUGUUUAUACGAUGAGCUUGCUCAUCCUUACUGCCCCAUAUUUCGACUCAGUGAUAUAGUCUGGAGAACUGGACACGAUUUUCAGGAAAUGGCCUUACAGGGAGGAGUAAUAGAAAUCCUAAUAGAGUGGCACUGUGACCUGGACAAAGAUUACUCAGCAUGCAACCCGAGCUACAGAUUCACUCGCCUGGAUGUGAACACCAAUGCAUCAGGGUACAACUUCAGAUAUGCAAAGUAUUUCCAUAAUGCUGACGGAAAGAUGGACAGGACACUUUUUAAGGUGUUUGGGAUUCGCUUAGACAUCCUGGUUCAUGGCAAAGCUGGAAAGUUCAAUAUAAUUCCUACAAUUAUAAAUAUCGGCUCGGGGCUUGCGUUAAUGGGUGCUGGGGCGUUUUUCUGUGACAUGGUCCUCCUCUACAUGAUGAAGAAAAGCACCCUGUACAGAGAAAGGAAAUUCGAAACUGAUAAGAAUGGAAAUAACAACAGAGAAAAUACAGAUGUGUCAGAGGAGGCUGUGAAAAAGCCUUCAGAGCUGGAACAUCUCACAGAUUCAUCAUCUGAUCAACACACACCAGAAAUAACAGAUUUACCCAAAGGACAAACAGACAACUCAAGUGCCUGAUAAAUCAUACUGCUCACUGUACAUAAAAUGUGACCUUUUUUUAAUGGACAACAGCUUUAACAGAUUAGCCGUGUAUUUUGUAUGUAACUGAGCUUUUCUUUCUUGAAUAAUAUGAAUGCUUCUGAAGGAUAUUUAUGACUAAUGUUUUAUAAUAAAGUAUUGAUCUGAUUAAA